AUGCCAAGGCUCCUGUUAGAACAUCAUCCGCCAAAUCAAAUCCCCCUGUCGGCUGUCGCCAUGCCACGACCUUCGCUCAUCCGACACGUCGCCUGCAAGCUCCUUGCCGUCCUUAUUUUGCUUUUCAUCCUAACCCACAUCCGCUGGCCCUUCAAUCGAGCUUCAACCCAUAGUCAUGGCGCAUCCCGAUCAACUGUCGCAUCAGACUCCCCCGUUUCCCUCCACAACCUCCACUUCCACGGCCAAGGACCGUGCCUUCCCCCCUCGGCAUCCCGCUCCGCCCUGCUAAACAAGGCCUCCUCCAUCCGCGAAUCCUGCCGCGCCUCUUCUCCCUUUUCUGCUCUCCUUCCUGCCAGCGACGCUACCACCGAUCGAGGACCCCGCCCCCGCGUGGCAACACUGACAACCCAAUGGGGCGACCCGAAAGCCUACUACCAAAAAGCCAUCCAGACGCACCUCGUCCACGCCCUCGUCCACGAGACCAACCUCCACCUCCUCUGCGCCCCGACCAUCCAGGCCCCCAAAGGCGCACCCGAUACCCUCGCCAAUCGGCUGGAGAUCUACUGGAACAAACCCGCCCUGGUCCUCUCCGUCCUCCUCUCCGAAAUGGCGAAACCCAAACCCGAAAGGCUGGACUGGAUCCUCUGGGCCGACGCCGACACCAUCAUCCUUGACCACUGCCGGCCCAUUUCCACUUUUCUCCCUCCAGAGCUACAUGACGACGACGACGACGCCGAAGCGGAAAACGACGGCCUCCCCCACCUGCUAUACACAAACGACAUGCUGGGCCUCAACAACGGCGUCUUCCUCCUCCGCGUGAGCACCUGGUCCGUCAACCUCUUCACCGCCGUCCUGGGCUUCCGCUUCCUCCGCCCCACCGUCGAUCUCGACUACCUCGACCAGACCGCCAUGGAGAUCCUCAUCGCCGAGGACCCGCGCUUCCGCGCCCGCGCCCUCGAGGUGCCCCAGACCUGGUUCAACGCCUACGCCGACCCCAGCGGCCCGUCCUCCGCCCGCGGCUACGCCGGCGACGGGGAGGCCCAGCAGGCGCUGAAGCUGCGGGACUACCAUGCCCGUCGCGGCGAUUUCCUCGCCCACUUCCCCGGCGAUCCCGAGAGGGAAGCCUCCAUGACUGCGUGGCUCGACGCUGUCGACCGUUUGGGGAACGUGUGGGCGUCUGGCCGGGUGCAACGCGACGCGUCGGACGAUGUGGAACUGUUUUGGAACCGAUGGGCCGGGAGGAGGAGUAACACCAGAGUACCAGUGUCUUGAUACGAUCAACAUGGGUUGUCGGUAUAUCUGUAUGUCUGUGUCAGUGUGUCAACCCGUAAGCCUUGCGAGAGAAGCUGCACAUCUCAACAUUGAUUAAAAUCACCGAAUCUGAUAUCAAGAGCCGCGGGCCUCAAGGGACUGAAAGGAAACACUCAUCAUUGCAAUCUAGGCUUAUGAGACGAACUAGGACUAAGUUCGCGUUUAAUGAUGCGGUACGGUAUAAAGGGACCGGUAGCAAGCGUACAGUCCACCGCGGGAUCACGUAUUCCCCUAGCCUGCUCUGAGUCUUGGUUAUUAGUAUAAAGGCUGACCGUAGCGCAAUUGCUCCUCACCCAUUUCCACUUACCUUUCACCCCUUUCUUAUACUUGUGCCAUUCUGGUUGCACAUCUCCCGCAAAAUCUCUUCCCAAGCCCUUAUAGUCUGGUAGCAUUCAG